ACGAAUUUGAUUGAAUUCGUGCAAUUCAUGAUAUCGCGUUAUUAAUUCUAAAAGGAUUUACAUUUUAUACGCCCUUUUGGCUUUACACUGAAAAAAAUUUGUGGAGUGAACGCAGAUUAAAUCUGGAGUGACUGUGGGCCGGAUGACUGUAUUUUAUUUGAUUCCCUUGGAGUGAAAUUCACUCCGAACUGAAGUUUAUUUCAAUAUUAAAACUCCGAAUCGGAGUGAAUUCGGAUUUAAAUAAUAUCCAGAUCACUCCGAAUUCACUCCCGAUUUUUACAGUAUCAGGAGCUUACUAAAGCCAAAAGGGCGUACGAUUUUUUUUUCAUUGCCAAUCGUUUGGUAGACUUAUUUUAAAGCUAAAAAAAAAAUUUCAAAAGCCUAAUGAUAAAAUAUCAAAUUGAAUUGAUAAUUCAAUUCAAUUUAUACGAAUCAAACUCACUAGAGGUCUUUGAGUCCGGUAUUAUGCAAUAUAAAUCGUAUUGCAACUACCAUAAGGGCGCGUAAACAAUUUUUUUUACUUAACGAUGUAUUUUUUAUUUAAAAGUAUGAAAAUAAAAAUUUUACGCGUAUUGAAAUUUUUUAUUCGCCUUUAGGGCUCACGGUAUCUAUCCCAAGAACCAUAAGGGCGAAAAAAAAAUGUUGAAUGAGUAGAGUUUGUACAAAAAUUUUUUUUAAGACUUUCUUUUGGCGAUAUAAGUCAAGGAGUAUUUGUUUCCAAAUGACUAAAAUAAUAAUUUUUUUUUUCUUUAUGUUGAGUACGACAUCACGUCAGCAUUAUUUUGCUUGAAUACUUUCGUGGAAGCCAUCCAUCAGAAAACAUCCGGUCAUUAAUUUUGCUUCGCCGGGUAAUAGUUUUUUUAUCUAGAUUUUUUGUAAUAUUUAAAACAUCAUCAAAUUUUUAUAAAGUUACAAUAACUGUAUUGAUAAUACGUCAUUCCAGGACAUAAAACUUAGUGAGUUUGACCAAAUAAAAAACGCUUAACAUUCAGAAGUACUCCAAGAGUAAUGGGAUAUCUACUUGUCUUUUUACAGAAGCGGAUAAAAAAAAUUAAAGAACAUAAAAAAUCUAACAAAAAAUGGAAACCAAAUUUAUGGAUUUUAAUUUAAAAGAAAUUUUAAAAAAUGUUACACCCGAAAAAAAAAUAGCUAUUCGAGGUAAGUUUAGCAAUGGGAGUAAAGAUACCAAUGAGAGUGAAGAUACGUUAGUUGUCCUCGAAAGAAAACUCGAAGAAAGCAAAUUCUCGGGUGAUCUCUCAUUACUUAAAAAAAAAUUUUUUACCAAUCCGAUCAGUGCUGAAAAAGUAUUUAACAACGAUUGUUUGGAAAAAUAUCAUUUAUCCCUGGAUGGCGAAUCUGAUUUUACAACUAUGACUGUAAGAAAUCCUGCCUCACGUAAGCAUAUUGAACAGUUUAAAGAACCAAAGUUUUUUCUAAUUGAAGAGACUCCAGAGCUUUAUGAAGAAGUAACUCUUCCUGUGAUAAAAAAAAAACCGAAAAAACAUAAAAAGUGGAUUUACGAUAUACUAGAAGGAAAAGCAGAAGUUGAUCGAGUGAUUUUUAAUGACAACGAUGAAAAAACAGGAUUUGUGUUGAUAAAAGAUUCGGAUUGGCUGGACGAUGACAAAGAAAAUCUGAAUCUUCUUGCAAUCGCUAGAAAUGAUUUGAAGUCAAUUAGGGAAUUAAAUGGAACUCAUCUUCCUUUAUUGAAAAAUAUUAAAGAAGCUGGCUCUAAAGCUAUUAAAGAAAAGUACGGGAUACCAGCUGAAAAUUUAAGGAUAUGUUUUCAUUAUCUGCCAUCUUCUUAUCAUCUUCAUGUUCACUUCGCUCACUUUACUGCAGAUAAUACAGAGAGAGUAGUAGAUCGUAUACAUCUGUUGGCUAGAGUGAUCAAUAACAUUGAAUUGAUGCCGGAUUACUAUCAAAAAGCUACUUUAACAAUUCGUCAUUGUAAGGAUAAGACUUACAAACCGUAUCAAGAUUAUCUUAAGAAAAAGAAAGCAACGUAAAAAAAUAAACGCCGACAAAGACGACGGCCCGUCCAAACGUAAAAAAUUAUCAAAAUAAAUUCACUCAUAUUUUUUUUAAUUAGAUUGUGACUACAGAAUGAUAUUAAAAGUAGUAGACAUCAGACUAUAUUUUUAUUUUUAUUUUAUUUAUUUUAUUAUAAACAAGUUACUUGUCAGUAAAAUACUAUUUUUAGUUCAUGUACAAAAAGAUUUUUUUAAGUUUUUGAUAUGCAAUUUAUAAAAGUUUUUUCUAUAAACAUUAUUUGUUCAUAUAAAAUAAAUGAAUUUUUUUUAAUGUCUGCUAUUAUUUUAAGCCCGUUACUAAUAAAAUAAUAAUUCUUUGGAAAAAAAUGUAUAUGAAAAAAAAAUAAUAAAUGAUUCAUUGACUUUUGUUUCUGAACAUUUUUUCUAUUAAUGCAGAAUUGGUAUUCAAAUUUUUUUAAAUUUAAUGUCACUAUUCUGUAAUUAUAUUUGUUACUAAAACUUAAAAAUUCCCUUAGCUGUUCCGCUAUUGGGAUCAUUACCCCGUGGAGGAUUUUUUCAAAAACAAAAUCUGUUAAUAAAUAA